AUGCUCUCCCCCUCCGACGUCCACCAAGUUGAUGCUCUGUCGGCUUCUAAUUAUGCCCUCGAGCAGCGGAAGUACAUCGCUAUUGCAAGCAGUCUUUUCGAGACUGGAGUCACGGUGGAUAUUGAAAUUCCCAUGAUCGCUGUCGUGGGCGUUCAGAGCGCAGGGAAAUCUUCAUUGAUUGAGGCUAUGUCCGGGAUCACACUUCCUCGCGCGGGUGGCACUUGUACGCGAUGCCCGACGUACUGUAGGCUCAAGUACACAGCUUCUCCAUGGAACUGCCGUGUGAGCCUCAUGUGGACGAAGGGACCGCGAGACGAAGAUGUCCCCACCGUAAUCGAGCGGUUCGGUGAUGACAUUGAGUCAAAGGAGGACGUCACCGAACGUAUCCGACGCGCGCAACGUGCCAUCCUUAAUCGUAGCACGUCAUUGAAAACUUUUCUUGAGGGCGACGAUGAGGACCCGGAUACGUCAGAGGUUACUUUCUCCAAGAACUGCGUGUACUUGGAGAUCAGCGGAUCUGACGUACCCGACCUAUCAUUUGUCGACCUGCCAGGUAUCAUUGCUACCUCUAUCGAAGGCGUACCAGGUGAAAUACAACUCAUCCGCGACCUGGUAACUGAAUACGUCUCGAGGCCGAGCUGCAUCAUUCUGCUCACGAUUUCAUGUGAAACCGAGCUGCACAACCAGGGUAGCUACGAGAUUGCUCGCCUUGUGGAUCCAAAAGGCGAGCGGACUAUAGGUGUUCUCACGAAGCCAGACCGCAUAUCAGCUGGCGACGAGGACACUUGGGUCGCGAUCCUGCGCAACCAAAAUGCGACCUGGCGGCUUGAGAACGGCUGGUUCAGCGUCAAGUCUCCGAACACGCGGGAGAUAAAAGAAGGGAUGACGCACGAGCAAGCCCGCGAGGAGGAGGAGCGCUUCUUCCUGCGAACCGCGCCCUGGUGCGACCUCUCGGUGUCAGCUCGCGGAAACCUCGGCAGCAAGGCUCUCGCUGAUCGUUGUAGUAUGGUUCUGUCGGCCUUCAUGGCGCAGAGGCUUCCUGAGAUAGAGCUUGUGAUACAAAAGUCGUUGCAAACGACGGAGGAGCACCUACGUGAGCUGCCGACAGAGCCGUCCCAAGAUCCUGUGGGCGAGGUCUACAACCUCAUCAGUAGAUUCUCGAUGCAGCUGACGCGGUACCUGGAGGGGACGCCCGAGCCGGACGGACUGCUGCAGACGAUCAGGCCCUACCAAGAUGCUUUCAAAACGGCCAUUCGCGGUACAGCUCCGAACUUUCAAGCAAGAGACAGGUCUCUGAGUCUCCUCGCUACAGUCAGCGCUUCAUAUGCUCAACGUACUCGCAGGGCAAUCACCCGCGAGCUUCCAGACCAUUAUCCAUUUAUCAUCACGCAGGAAUUCGUGAGGGAGUUGAUUCAAGACUGGGACACGCCGACCUUCAAAUUGUUCGACGAGAUAGAGGCGAUUCUGAGCUCGAAGAUCAAAACGUUUAUCCACUUAGAAUUCGCGCAGUAUCCCAACCUGCAAGCACAGGCGAUGAUGAUUGUCACAGACCACAUUGCUGCACUGUCAGAUUUGUCGAAGGAGCAUCUUCACUGGCUGAUCGACGUAGAGAAGCGGCCGCGUACACUCAACGACCACUACUACCGCGACUACCGCGACAAGUUCCUCGCAUGGUACAAAAGCCAGAGGCCCGAGUACAACAAUCUCGCACUUCUUGACAGUCUGAAGGCGUACGAUCCCGCCGCGGGGGAAGGUGCGGAGCAGCAGGAUACUAUCGGAGUGGUACUCUCCUGUUUCAACAAGCUUGGCAUAAAUGGUCUCCGGCCCACGGAUCUGGCGAAGGUCCUCCCGACCGACCCUCGCGAAGCUGCCAUUGCUAUCAUGGCUAGCGUGCGCGCUUACUUCCAAGUGGCAUACAAGCGCUUCGUGGACAAUGUUACCAUUGCUAUCGAUGAGAAGCUCAUCCUCGGCCUCAAUCGCUACCAGGUCCUUGAGUCGAACCUCAGGACAAAGCUCGGCGUCGGCAGUUCUGAUGGGUACGAGAAGUGCUCGCGCUACUUGCAGGAGGACCGCAUGAUCGCCAAGUACCGAGAGGAUAUGCGAAACAAGCGCGACCGGUUGACGAAGGCGAAGAGGGAGUUGAUGAAGCUGCGCAUGUAG